CAGGGGACACCCUUGGAAUCUGUCCUCCCCUCCUAACGCCAGGUUAAAAACCUCAGCAGCGCUUUGCUGUUUGCAAAACUGCCUGCCACCGACGACCCCGAGCUAGAGACCUCACUCGCUAGGGGAGCCAGCAUGUCAGCUGUGGUCCUGGAGAACGCAAGCUCUGGCAGGAAAUUCUCGGACGGACAGGAAACAAGCUAUAUUGAAGACAACUCCAAUCACAGUGGAGCCAUAUCACUGAUCUUCUCCCUCAAAGAAGAAGUUGGUGCCCUGGCCAAGGUCUUGCGCUUAUUUGAGGAGAAUGAUAUAAACCUGACCCAUAUUGAAUCCAGACCUUCACGCUUAAAGAAAGACGAGUAUGAAUUUUUUACCUAUCUGGAUAAACGUAGCAUGCCUGUCCUGGCAAACAUCAUCAAGAUCUUGAGGUAUGAGAUCGGUGCCACUGUCCAUGAGCUUUCCCGGGAUAAGACAAAAGACACAGUGCCCUGGUUCCCAAGAACCAUUCAAGAGCUCGACAGAUUUGCCAAUCAGAUUCUCAGCUAUGGAGCGGAACUGGACGCAGACCAUCCCGGUUUUAAAGAUCCUGUGUAUCGAGCAAGACGAAAGCAGUUUGCUGACAUUGCCUAUAGCUACCGACAUGGUCAGCCCAUCCCUCAAGUGGAAUACACGGAGGAAGAAAAGAAAACAUGGGGGACGGUAUUCAGGACCCUGAAGUCCUUGUAUAAAACCCAUGCUUGCUACGAGCACAAUCACAUCUUCCCACUUCUGGAAAAGUACUGUGGCUUCCGUGAAGAUAACAUUCCCCAGCUGGAAGAGGUUUCUCAAUUUCUGCAAACUUGCACUGGAUUCCGCCUCCGACCUGUGGCUGGCCUGCUUUCCUCUCGGGAUUUCUUGGGUGGCCUGGCCUUCCGAGUCUUCCACUGCACUCAGUACAUCAGACAUGGGUCCAAACCCAUGUAUACCCCUGAACCUGACAUCUGCCAUGAGCUGUUGGGACAUGUGCCCUUGUUUUCAGAUCGCAGCUUUGCCCAGUUUUCCCAGGAGAUUGGCCUUGCCUCUCUGGGCGCACCUGAUGAGUACAUUGAGAAACUCGCCACGAUUUACUGGUUUACUGUGGAGUUUGGCCUCUGCAAACAAGGAGACUCCAUAAAGGCAUAUGGUGCUGGGCUCCUGUCGUCUUUUGGUGAAUUACAGUACUGCUUGUCUGGCAAGCCAAAUCUUCUCCCCCUGGAGCUGGAGAAGACAGCCAUCCAAGACUACACUGUCACAGAGUUCCAGCCCCUCUAUUACGUGGCUGAGAGUUUUAAUGAUGCAAAGGAGAAAGUGAGGAACUUUGCUGCUACAAUCCCACGGCCCUUCUCAGUUCGUUAUGACCCAUACACUCAAAGGAUUGAGGUCUUGGACAAUACACAGCAACUUAAAAUUUUGGCCGACUCCAUCAACAGUGAAGUUGGAAUCCUCUGUAGUGCCCUCCAGAAAAUAAAGUGAAACCAUGGACAAAACCUGUCAAAGGAGAAUCUGUUGAUGGAAAUCCAACUACUUUCAUUUCAUCUGAAAAAGUUUGAAAAGCAAACCUUAAUUUGAAUUGACAGCCUUAAAUCCUUUUUGGAACAAGAUGGAAGAUGAACAAAUAAAUCAAAAUAAUUUGAAAUGACAGCAUAUUAAUAUACUCCAAACCAUAAUCUUUUGGGGUCAUCUUUGAUUUAGGGAUGAUAAUCCUAUACUCUCGAUUCAGUUACAAUCAAUAAUCUGUCACAUUUCAUCAAAGUUAAUUAAAAUUGGGACCUGAUUUA